AUGGUAUUCAGAAAAUUCAAGCCACUGAAGCAGUGGGGAAAAAUGGAUACUCGCAUAUAUAAAGAAAUUCUGGCAGCACGAAAUAAACGAAAAAUGCCAAGCUUUGUAAUUUCUCCUGCUGUUCAGGAACAUGGAAUUGAGAUACAUGAUCCUAACGCUUCUGGUUUUUUCACAUCUGCGAGUCAAGAACUACCAACUAUUAAACAUCCUGCUCACACAAUUCCACAGAUCCAUGAACAUCCACUAUUUAAGUCUAUGAAAUGCUUGCUUUUUGAUGGCACUGAGGCAUUUACUGAUGGCAUCGAUCAAGCCUGUUCUCUUUCAAAAGCAGUCAAAAAGAUAGGAUUUCCAGAAGCUGUUUUGAAUUUGGCUUCAAAAAUACUGCUGCCGGAACGUUUUGAGGAUUGUGUAUGCGACUGUAUCAUGCAUGGAGAGCGUUAUGAUCCAACAUUGGAAAAAUUACCACGUUAUUUUGAUCCUAUCAUAUUCUGGACAAAUUAUUUUCCGAAUCGUGUCUAUGGUAUUCCGACGUUAACAAAGGGAAACAUAAUUCUGGAUAACCUAUUUCGCACAGUACAUCUCAUGGCUGUAGGACAUUCGCAAUUACUAGAUCUUCGCGCAAUGAUAGAAAUUCGAAAUGCGGAAAAUGAGACAAUUCCGUUCGUUCUGCGUUCUGUACCUCAUAUUAUUGUUCAAUCUCCAGAACCCAUAAAACCUUGGGCAAAGCCUAUGAGCCUGAAUAACAUGCAGGUACCAGAUACAGCACCGAUCAAUCCUAGAAUCGACCUCACUUCUGAUCAUAUCUAUAAUGAUAAAGCUGUGUUACCUCGAGCCGAAGAGAAUCUGUUCAUUGAUACGGUUCUGUGGUGUCAUGAACAAAAUCAGAAAUACCCCUGGACAUUAGAACAACUGAGUGCCAAAGCCAUUGUUACUUGCUUUGGAGCGGCAGUAACGCAAGCAACUCGACAUGGUCUACCAGUAACUGAAGAUAUCAAAAAUCAACCCAUCGUUACACGCGGUGUACAACUUGUCAACGGUCGAUUAGAUUUGGUUGUGUUCCAGCUGAAUUCAUUAGAUAUAAGUAAUGAUAGUGAUUCAUGUAAAAACAUCGCGUGGAUAGAAUCUGGGCUUCAACUUUAUAAACCUGGAAAGUUCACCGAAAACAUGGAUAAAGUGGAAGAUCUGAAUAUGGAUACAUUUAGGAAAUUUAUGGCCUUAUUAUUGAUUGGGUUGGUAAGGAAUAUAUUAGAUUUUUCCAAUCUUCGCUAUUAUAUGUCGCUUGUAUUUUUCCUGUCACAGCAUUUGAAAUUCUUACGUCGUAAUCUUACGACUCUACCUUCAACUUAUCGAGGUUUCGAUUCCAAUAGGGUAACGAUACUGUAUUUCACUUUAUCUGCACUUGACGUACUUGGAAAGUUAGAUGAAGAAGUUGACGCUGAACAAAGAGAACAAUUAAUUGACUGGAUCUAUCGUUUGCAACUGACUAGUAAUUCUGGUAAAAUUUUGAAAAAUUUAUUUACUUGGAUAAAAGCCAUGGGAUUUUGUAUGCCAACAACGCCAAAUUAUGGAUUCAUGGAUCUGGGAUGUUCAAUUUAUGGUGGUAUCAACAUGAACCCGAAAGUCGAUGAUAAAGGGUUAAAUUCUACGAGUGACAAUUAUUACAUAACCCAACAUAAUCUCGCGCAUCAUUGGAGACGACAGUUUAUGAUUCCGCAUUCAGUGGGGUUUCCUCAACUCAUUACUCAUACAACGCCAUGGACAAGCGGAUCUACUGCAUUGCGACAUAAAGGACAUUGGUCAUAUAACAUUCCUUCCGAUCAUUUGAAAAAUAGAAACUUACUGACAACAGUAGAUGAUACAACCGAUGGUACUAUGCGACUAUGGUCUGUUAGUGAAUUUUCAGACAGAAAACAACUUUUACAGUUCCGUUUGCGUUGUAAACAAAAGAAAGGGUUAGAUGAGUGGUCAUUAACUACUAUUGAUGUCGAGGAUCAAGAUCUUUUGGAUCAUGAAGCAUCUGUGAUGGAACAAAUCACGAGUCAGGUUACUUGCGAAGGUUCUAAAAACAUACUCAGGGAACAGCAAAUAUUUCAGUCAAAUUUGAGUGCGAAAUUUUGUCGAGUUCUAAAUGUGGAUUCUUCUUUACUUGAACUUCGCUCAUGGACGCCUUCUCAAGAUAAACACUGUAUUUUUGCUCGUGGUGAAGAAAAGUUGUAUCUCUGUGACCCAGUAAACAACGUUAUCCUGACACUUUUCGAACGUCCUGUCCAUUCGCUCUCAUUUAUACCUCAUAUGUACAAUGAAAUUAUUUUCUUGGACAGUGAUCGCUUCAUUUGGCAUGGAGAAGUGGGAGGGAAUUUAAUUCAACUUAAGUGUGCCGUUCAUGACAUAGAAUCAGUCCUCGGAUCAGACCAUCCUCGAUUAGUUUAUGCUUCCGGGAAAAAUAGUGUUCACUUAAUCGAUCUAAGAGUUGGCAGUUCUAGUGGAGAGAUACUCUAUACUGUCCCAGAAUAUGACGACUCUUCACGCAAUUCUUAUUAUUACCAAUACGAAAGUGCUUUCGAAAGACAAUCCAUACAUAAAUUAUGUAGCUUGCCUGAUGCUCCUCAAGUGGUUCUCAUUUGUCUUUCAAAGAGGUUUGUGCUUGUAGACGAACGCAUGCGGGGCCUCGUUUGUUUAGAAAUGGGUCAUAGCAUUUAUCAUGGGGGUCAUUACGUCACUGCAGCACCACCAUUGCAAGACAUUAUUGGUGGUGGAGCUAUUUACCCUAUUUAUGCUCUUCAGCAUACUAUUUUCCCAGAUGUGCAAACUUUUUCCUUAUAUCGUCAUUCCGAUAGUACGAUGUGGUCAUCGUUGGCAUCAAUCAAACGAUUACAGCAGCCACAAAGUGCUGCUGCGUUCUAUCGUCAGCAUCCUAAACAUCAAUUACGAAUUUCACGUAGGGCUGAGCGGCAGUUGUUUGGUGGUGGACCUACUAGAGCAAUUACCUUUGUUAAAUCUGGUAGCCAGAAAUUAUAUUUAUUCCGAAUGAUGGAUGAUGGAAGCUUGUGGAAUGAAGAAAUUAGUAUACAAGAUGAUAAAAAGAGGUUGAAAAGGGCACUGCGAAAGGGAGCAGCUAAAAUAAAGCGCAUGAUUGAUAAUAAUGAUCAGAUUCAUUUGAGAGUUGAUGAUAUGGGUAGUGGUUUGAAGCAGGAAGGGAAAGUUUUUAAUGUGAAAACAGAUUUUGACUUGCUUCAAAAUAAUUUUCACGGGGCCAUUAAUGAAAUAGAUCCACUUGACACGCGACCUGAAUUAAGCUGUUCCGAUCCAGAACUAGUGAUAAGCGUUCAUGAUGAUCAACUUUUGUCAAAAAUUCAGAGUUUAUUUUCAUGGAUGUUAGAGCAAUUUUUUAAUCAAUUCUUCUCGGUUUGCUGUGAGACUUUUAGUUAUCGUAUCACUUCAAUUUUUGACACUACAAAUUUCUGGCAGAAAGGUUGUUCGAAACAAGCAUAUGGAUUUCGUGGAUCACUUGGUUUUUCUGUACCAGCAGACAUCAGCAAAAUAGAGAACAAUGCGGAUACAAGCAUUGAAGGAGCUGCUACUGUUGUAGCUAAUCGUUCACCGUAUGACAGCGCUCAUAUUUCACAAACUUAUGUGUCUUUGUGCUGUUUGUUAAUCUUGGGAGAUGACUUAAGUCGAGUUGACAGAAAAGCUGUACUAGAAGGAGUUCGAUGCUGUCAAGUUGAUGAUGGAAGCUUUCGAGGACAAGAAGGUACAGAAAAUGAUAUGCGUUUUGUAUAUUGCGCCAUCGCAAUAUGUUUCAUGCUGAAUGAUUUUGGAACCAUUGAUUUAAAAUCAGUUUUAAAAUUUAUUCAGCGAUGUGUGAAUUUUGAUGGUGGUAUUGGUCAAGCACCUAUGCUUGAAAGUCAUGGAGGUUCGACAUUUUGCGCCGUAGCUUCAUUAGCAAUGGCAGGGCAUCUAUGGGAUGAGAGUGUGUUGACUCAUCAACAAAUUGAAAGACUUAUCAAGUGGGCACUAUGGAAACAAAAUGAUGGUUUUCAUGGUCGAGCCAACAAACCAGAUGAUAGCUGUUACUCAUUUUGGAUUGGUGGAACACUCAAGAUACUGGAUGUCUACGUAUUUGUGAAUGAAGAGAAGCUGCGGUCUUUUAUUUUAUCUACACAGGAUAUGCUCAUUGGUGGUUUCAGCAAGUUCAUUGAUGUUGUUUCUGAUGCAUUGCACACGUGCUACAGUAUAUCGGCACUUUCACUGCUUCGUGAACCUGAUUUUCUAACUCUAUAUACACCAUUAAAUAUCACCAGUCGAGCAGCGGAACAUCUGAUUGCACAUUUACUCAGUGGGGAACUUAGUAAAAACGACUUUUUCAAAGCAGCUGCAGUUCUCUUUGUGAAUCGCCGUUGUUAUCGUAGUGAACCAGACUAUUUACUCCAUCAACAGGAUGGUCAUGCACUCAUCAAACACUGGGUCAUGAGGAGGGCUAUCUGUCUUUUAAUCCAUAUUGUGUCUGAAUUAGGUGCCGGAAGAUUCUGGUUUCCAGAAACAUGUCCGUCAAAACAUCCACCACAAGUGGAACACUUGUUGGUAUCGUAUGUGGUCGAAAUUAGGGCAGUAUCUGGUUGCACUUAA